AUGGAAAAACCAACAGCCACAGUGGUGAUUGCUCCAGGCAAAGCUGUUUUGGCUUUCGCCAUCGCCAUUGUGAAACAGAAACCUCCCGACAAAGAUGUCAAAGAUUAUAUUUUGGAAAUCCGUCAGUGUAUUCGAAAUGACAUGCAGGUUCAGCCUUCGGACAAGUUCUUCGACAGUGUCGCUUUCUGGCAAAAGGCAUACAAAGAAUCAGAGGCCGAGCAGGCGAAACUACUCAACAGAAUAUUCGAGUUGGAACAACGCACCCAAGGUCUCCGCUCGAAGAUAAAGAACAGUCAGAGCACAGGUAUAUUGUCUCCUGGCAAACGAAAGGCCUCUCCAGAAGAUAGCCGAAAAGAGUUGGAUCCGCCAAGGAAGAAGACGCAACCUCAUCAGUCGAAAACCCGACUGGCCAAAAAGAGCGAAGGAUACGAAAAUGAAGAGUACUCAGACAAUGAAAAUGCUCCGAAACUUAUGAGGCAAAUAUAUACCAUCCAACGUGCGCUUCAAAAGAGGAACAAUACCAAACAACUCGCAACCAAUGCCGUCAACCUGUGUAAGAUAACAGAAUCAGAGAUACUGGAAGCAAUGCUUGGGUUAAAAUCUCCAGAGAAUCAGCCAAAGCCCCCUUCCAGUAAACAGGUUGGGAAGCAUGAUUUGGCCGCUGUGACAAAAGCCGCAGAACUGUCGUUCAAUCUGGUCCACCAGGCCCUCAAAAAAGUGAUGGGAACGCAAGAGGAGAAAUAUUGCAAGGGACAAAUCACAUACUACCUUGUGUGUCUUUUCGAAUCCACAAUGAGUGUCCUCACCCAGAUUUGCACGGGGUUCGCACGAACCACCGCAAGCACAUCCCUCACAAAAGGAAUUCUCCAGGAAACUUCAAAAGGCAACAGAAUGAAACUGAGAAAACAAGAAGACAACCAGAAGAAGAAGCUCCCCGUGACCUCAAAAGCCAAGCCAUUGAAGAUGGAGAAGAGCAAUGCCCAGCACCUGCUAGACCUGCUAUGCACAAUGGCCCUAUCUCUAGAUCUGAACCGAUCUGAAGAUCAAGAGGUGAUGGAGGGCUUUCUCUUUAUUGUGAUAGAUCGGGUGGGCAAAAUGCUCUCUUUAUUCGUUUUCGACAACGGCCAACUGCCCUCUGACAGGUGUCCCGACUUGGAGGCUCAGCAUGGCAUUCGGGCGAUGAAGGAAGAGGGCCUGACACGCGAAAUGGCGCAAUUUGAAGCGAAGAAUCUUAUCCAGUUCCUUGAACGAGUACUGGGUCCACAAAUAUUGGGCACCGAGGUUAUAAACUCCCAGUUCCUUGGAAAGAUAAAAGGUCGCUUGCAGAAGAGUCUUAUGCAGGCUGUCUUUGGGAACACUGACCCGCUGUUUCGGGAAGGUUUGGCUCGUCCUACAACGCCCCCUGUUUUGAGUGGGAGCAUUCGACCAUCAAAGAAACAAGAGUUUCCCGAGUGGUUCACUGAGGAACUAUGGCGUCUGGUUGGAUGGGAUCUAUUGUAUCCAGGAAAGACGUCAACUGGUUGA